CACGAAUGCCUCCUUUUCAUCGACUCUAUACGUUACAAUGACACGGGAAUCGCUACUAUUUUUGCUUUAUGUGAAUGUCGUACUAAAUCAAUGUACAAAGCCAUUUGGGGAAAAAUAGUUUCGCUUGUUCCACGGUUGCAAGACAACUUAGAAACUGUCAUGUGUGGUUACGAAAGAGCUGCUAUGGAAAGUGUCCAAGCACAAUUCCCCAGGUUUACCAUACAUGGAUGCUGGUUUCAUUUUACUCAGGUUCUAUUAAGAAAGUGGAAGAAGUUGGGGUUGCAAGGAGCACCAAGAGAGAUUCUGUCAAUGGCUAUGACAAUGCCUUUAGCACCAUCCGAUAUGUUUCCGGAAGCAUUAUAUCCUAUUUCCUAUUUCUUUCAAGGUCAGCGUAUACGGUUCUGCAGUGAGGACUAACAAUAUUGUUGAGUCGUUUAAUAAUUCUCUUGCACAACGUUUCCAAACAACGCGGCCGAAUUUAUGGAUUUUUUUAGGCAACUUUUCACGCGUUUUUUAAUGCGUGUAAUUCUUUUUAUUUCAUUGCAGUAACAUUGUAAAGAAAUUGAUUCACAGAUAACUUGUUAAAAGUAAUCAAAGAUGAAACGAUUGACUACGAACGUUUAUUAAAGAAGUUGAAGGUUACACGGAUUCGUACUCGCGCCAAUCGGAAAAGGAACGCCAAAAUUAAGUUAUUACAAGACAAUUUAAUUAACGGAAUACUGCCAAUUGAGCAGUUUUUAAACAUGUUUAGUAAAGAUUAUGAACAACAGCAAUACAUUGAUAAUGCAUUGUCAAGUGACGUUUUUAGACUGCGAUGAAAAUGGCGUAUAUAAUGAAACUCGUACGAUUGAAACAUUCAGUACAGAGGACAGUUCGCUCGAGUACACGAGUAACGGAGACCGUAGUAUUCAAUAUGUUCAAGUAGAUAGUACAGCAACCAAUGAUAUAGAUGAUGACAUUCCAUCAACAAUGCCGGAUAACAGUAUAUGUAUACAAAAUCAAGCAGUACCUACAUAUAGUACAGUAGAAGGUAAUGACGUUUAUAUAAUAUGUAGCUGUAGAGAAAACGAGGCUUGUGUGCAUUCAGGAAAUAAGAACAACGAAGAACCAAUAGAGGGUGAUAUUUCUUCAACACCCAUUAACAAACCCAGUGAUAUUUCCACGAAGGCUUUAGAGGAAUUGCACAUAAGAACUGGUCAAAGAACCUGCUGCUGCGAGUCAGGCGUCAGCAGUACAAGACUACCAUGCGGCCAUAUUUAUUUUUGCCAAUAAUAAAAAGUUAAUAUUAACCUAACCAAAGCAUUUUUUAAUUAGACUAAUAUCCUUGCAUUUGUGGCGGAUGUGCGGCGAAAGUUCGCGAGAACGUUCGCGUCGAGACGCAGCCAGCGGCACUUCAAUCGACGACUCCGGAAGUCGUAAGAUCACGAAAGAGAGACGCCUAUACAUACAGGGUGUCUCACUUAAACGGAUACAGAGCUCCUUAUUCCGUAACUAUUAAUGAUACAAAAAAUUGUUGAUAUGGAAAUUGCUUGGGAAAAGGGGGUCUAUGU